UGGGAUCUCUUCGAACAAGGACAUUUGUUCUACGGGCGUGAUUCGGACAAGAAGAAUUCCGAUGUCCAUCAUAUCGCUGAAAUGAUUGCUAUUAUGGGGCCACCCCCGAGAGAAAUCACGCAGAAUAGUGUCUGUGCAACCGAGUUCUUCGAUGGCGAAGGGGGUUGGAAGGGAGCCAUCAAAAUCCCUUCCAUAUCGUUGGAGACGCUCGAAGAGAAUCUGGAAGGUGAACCACGGCUGCUUUUCCUCCAAUUCUUGCGCAAGAUGCUCCAAUGGAAGCCCGAAGAGAGGAUGUCGGCAAGAGAGCUCUUGGACGGCCCUUGGUUAAGGUCACCUUAA